UAUAGCCCGGCUAAUCUCGCGCGCGACUCCGUUUCGUGCGCACACGCCAUUAUUUAUUUAUUUAGUUAAAUUAUUGUUUAAUUUAAAUUUUAAUUAUAGUGUUAAAGAAGAUGUUGAGGAGUAUCGUUGUGUUUCUUUUGGGCAUAGCGGUGGCAUUCAGCCAGCUGCCCAUAGACUACUACCACGACCUCCAUCUACCUCAUGACCCGCCCCUAUACCCGGUGUUCGAACACCCCCCACCGACGGAAUUCAGCUGUGGGGGGCGCAAUAGGGGGUACUUUGCUGACGUCUACUCGGGGUGCCAGGCUUACCACUUCUGCUGGCGACAGCGGCUGGUCAGCACAGACCUGUGCGCGAAUGGCACGCUCUUCAACGAACAGUUCCAGGUUUGUGACCAUUUCUACAACGUGCGUUGUGGAUCUCCGUACGAAGAUUUGUAAAUAAUUUUUAUAAUUUAUUAUUUUAUGUAAAUAUAGUCGGUAAAUAAGUAUUUAUUUAUUGUGUAACUGUUCUUAUUUGGCUACAAAAUGAAUGAACUAUAAUAAAAACACAG